AAGGUGAGUACUUGCUACAAACUGGAAGUAAUGAGCAGAGUGAACCUUCCACUUCAACAAAGAACAAACUAUAUCAAAACCUAGGUCUCCUUGUGCCUCAGCUGUAACACAGCCAGUGAAAAUGGACAGCGUGAAGGAAUUGAUCCCCUUUGCCAAAGAGAUGCUGAACCAAAAACCCAACCGGCGUAUGGUGAAGAUGUACCUGGUGGGAUCAGUGUUUGCAGUUCUAGGGACUGUCAUUGGCCUGGUAGAGAGUAUGUGUCACCCUUUCUCUUCUGGCGGGUGUAUUGAUGAAGAGAUAAUCUUCAUGAUGAACCAGGAGCAGAGGACUGCUGACGCCAAGAAGCUGCGCAGUAUGUGGGCCCAGGGAGAAGAGGAGGAGAAGGAGGAAGAGGAGGCCACAACCCAGCUGAUGAUCCCCAAGACCAACAAAAUCGGUCAGAGGAACAUGUCCAACCGGCUGCACGCUUCUUAAAGCUUAAAGAGACUUGAGUUAUUUAUUAGGGAACUGCUCCUGCCACACCACUACGUUGUGCAACACGCACACAGUCUGAAGCUUUAUAGACAGAUGAAUGAGAAGCAGUUGACCUGCCUGCCACUCUGUGCUGCCAAUUAAUGAUGCAUUCAAGUACUGUUGGGAAAGCUUCUCAGUAGUUCUUUAUGCACUGGGCACAUGGAGAAGACUCCAAAAGGUCCAGAGUAGCAGUGUAGUCAGGGUUUCAUGGCAUGAAGACACUGGAUGAUCUGUGAAUUAAAACAAUAAAACACCAGUUGUGCCUGUUGCACAUAGCUUCCUAUUCAUCCUGCUGCUGCAGCACAAAGUUUUGUCUUUGAAAAAAAAAAAAGCUAAAACUUCAGAGCUUGAAGUUAGGAGUUUAGAGGAGUAGCCAGUGUGCUGUGUCUGGCUGUGCUGUGCUGAGCUGCUGUGUAGCGCUGCCUGCUGUCUGGUGGAUGUAUCUGUUCUGUCACUCCACCCACAUCCCACUGUGUCAAAAGACAAGAAUGUUUGUUGUAAAUAAUGAGCUAUCUGCAAAAACUGUGAAUAUAACACAUUUUGAUGUAUCAAUAAAGUUCAUUUUAUUUUUGAAA